AUGUCCCUCCGGGUGGGGACUUUUCUAAGCCCCCCCUUCCAAGGAUCAAUACCAGAAAGCAGAGAGGGAAAGUCUGGGGGUGGAGCUUUUUUUACUUGGCUUUUUUCCAAGAUUGUCUCUUGCACCCUUUUUGCCGCCGUCGUUACACACAUAGUCAUGUCUUUACCUUGCGCCCAAGCAUCUCACCAUCUUGAUAUUAGCUGCGGAUCGACAAAAGCCGCACAACAAACAAGUGAUGGAUGGGACGUUAACUUUUGCAUGCAAGAGAAAAAAAAACAACCCCCUCCCCUUCACAAAACAAACACAAGACCAUGUGGGUUGGAAAAAAGUGUGCAAAAAAGUGUGUUUACGUCUACGCAGUGA